UUCCCUCCAGCCGUCCUUUCUCCCCCGUUUGCACCACGGCUGCACUACAACACUGCCUCACUUCAUUUUAUUCUGAGAAGAGGCACAAACUGUUUGUGUUAAGCUCUCACAGGAAGAAAAAACACCAUCAUCUGCAGCCAUGAAUGGCACAGAAGGACCCGACUUUUAUGUCCCCAUGUCUAACAAGACCGGGGUGGUCCGCAGCCCGUUUGAGUACCCUCAGUACUACCUGGCUGAGCCUUGGAAGUACUCUCUGCUGGCUGCGUACAUGCUGUUCCUCAUCAGCACCGCCUUCCCCAUCAACUUCCUCACCCUCUAUGUCACCGUGAAAAACAAAAAGCUGCGGACUCCUCUGAACUAUGUCCUCCUCAACCUGGCUGUGGCCGACCUCUUCAUGGUCUUUGGGGGCUUCACAGUCACUCUCUACACAGCUCUGCAUGGAUACUUCAUCUUAGGGGUCACCGGCUGCAACAUCGAGGGAUUCUUCGCCACUUUAGGAGGAGAGAUCGCUCUCUGGUCUCUGGUAGUUUUGGCUAUUGAGCGCUACAUUGUGGUCUGUAAGCCAAUGACCAACUUCCGCUUUGGGGAGAAACACGCCAUCGCUGGGCUGGCCUUCACAUGGAUCAUGGCCCUGACCUGUGCUGCCCCCCCUCUGCUCGGAUGGUCCCGGUACAUUCCCGAGGGCAUGCAGUGUUCCUGUGGGAUUGACUACUACACUCCCAAGCCCGAGAUCAACAACACCUCAUUUGUCAUCUAUAUGUUUGUCCUCCAUUUCUCCAUCCCCCUCUUCAUCAUCUUCUUCUGCUACAGUCGUCUACUCUGCACCGUGCGAGCGGCUGCGGCGCAGCAGAAGGAGUCUGAAAGCACCCAGAGAGCGGAGAAGGAGGUGACCCGUAUGGUUAUCGUCAUGGUGAUCUCCUUCCUGGUGUGCUGGGUGCCCUACGCCACCGUGGCUUGGUACAUCUUUGCCAAUCAGGGAACUGAGUUCGGCCCAGUGUUCAUGACGGCUCCAGCCUUCUUCGCUAAGAGCGCCUCUCUGUACAACCCGGUCAUCUACAUCCUGCUGAACAGACAGUUCAGAAACUGCAUGAUCACCACAGUGUGCUGUGGAAAAAACCCAUUUGGAGACGACGAGGGCGCCGCUGCUGCCACCUCCAAAACCCAGACCUCGUCUGUCUCGUCCAGCCAGGUGGCCCCUGCUUGACCGGCCCCCCGUCCUCCCAUCUGUCCCCGUCCCAUCUGUCCCUGCACACCUAGGGACCCACCACCGCCAAGCAGCACUGUGUUCUAUUGGCCAAUCCUCUUGACUCACCUCUCCAUGUGUCUUCAAUGCACCGGCACAAAUGCACAUUUGGUGGGACUGACAUUCUCAAGAGCCAGCAUGUGUAUUUUCAAUCCAUUUAAUCGUGGAAAGUGUUCAGCUGGCUUCGUAGAGUUUAACCCGGCAUCAAGGGGGUGUCGUCCAUGUGAUGAUCCAACUGAACACGUUCCAAGCUCCCCGCUAUCCAAAAACACAUAAUAGGUGAAAACAAACUGCAUGAUUUCAUCCACAUCCACUCUUGUUUGAGUAAUUGUUGCAGACAUGUAUCUCCAAAAUGUGCUUAAAACAAUCUAUUUUAUGAUUUCUUAGGUGAAAUUAGUCAUGAAUUUGUUUAGAUAUCUGGGAUGUGUUCUCAGAGCAUCAGAUGGGGCUGUCCUCUGCUCUCUGUCUUUCUGGUGACAAAGCUGGGUUGUUAGUUUGUUCUUGGCUUUGACUGAGACAUGAGUGUAAACAGAUGGACCUGAAAAAAGCCUCUGCAGGGAGGGGGUGACUCCUGCAGGAGGGACGAUGUGUG